GCUUUACAACAGAACAGAACACAGUCGAGGCUUCUUUAUUUGUUAAAGAAAAUAUAGUGUAAACCAUCUCAAUGAACCAAAAAGUAAAUACUACGUGGGGUUUUCAUUUGGUUUGAAAAUAUUUCUCACACAGUCUGUACAAAAACAGGCAGAAUGUCAUAAUGAUUAUUUCAGCUGCUUUACAAAAGAGAAAGAUCGUGUGCUGCUUAUAAAGAAAAGAAGCAUUUUACGGAGAUAAUUCUUUGUUCAUGCGUGCUUUACAAAAGAACAGAGCACAGUCGAAGCUUCUUUAUUUGUUAAAUCACUGAUUUAGUGUAAACAGUCGAUGAAUAAAAAAGUAAUUAUUGCGUGGGGUUUUCAUUUGGUUUGAAAAUAUUUUUCAUACAGCCUGUAAAAGCCAGGAAUGUCAAAAUGAUUAUUUCAGCUGCUUAACAAAAAAGAAAGAUCAUGUGCUGCUUAAUUGUGAAGAAAAAAGCAUUUUAUGGAGAUAAUUCUUUGAUUCAAGUCAGUUUGCUACAAGUGUCUGUCGUUGUAACGUUCUUCGAAAUUUCAAACCUUCAGCAUCAGUAAAAGUUGCAGUCUGUUGCUCAUCAUGAAGUUUUGGAUCAUCCUGGGAAUUGUCUUCGCUUUAUCUACUGCGCUAACUCAGGUGGAGGGCGUAACAUUGAAACGUUCUUCAGAUCUACCUUGCGACAUGUACGAAAAGCCUAAUAAUGGUGACGUGGCCUGUGGUUAUUCUGGAAUUUUCGGAAUCCAUAUUUGUAACGUGAUGUGCAACAAAGAUUUUCAAUUUGAGCGCAAGCCCGCUUCGUUCUAUAUGUGCCAGCAUAAUGGAAAUUGGUUUGUAUGGGAUCACGAUCCUAACGUGGAUUUAUCCAUGCCUUGGCCGGAUUGUAUUAAAACACCACCAACGCCAUCACCAACAGAAUACUAGAUUGUAAUGAAAAAAAAGUCCACAGACGAUCAGCCAUGGAGUAGUUUUCAAGCCUACUUACAUUGUUUCCGGACACAGAAGAGUUGUAGUGGUCAAUAAAGCUAAAACUUAAAGAUCA